UUUCAUCUCAUGAUUUUUAACAUAUAAGGUUUAGUUUGAGAGUGAUCAAUAUUUGUUGAAAGGCCAUGACUGUAUUUUCCAGGAUAUUAAAUGAAUGUAAACUGGCAAAUGUGGCCCAGUAAAACAUGCGCAGUGGCUGCACUACGUUACCCAGAAUGCACCUGAGCGGGUGGCGGUCGCACCUGUGGAACCGGCUUGAGAAGGAAGGUGAGAGCAGCAGCAGAGCAGCGAGACUGACGGCAGACCUCUUUCUCUCUCUCACCGUGUGUGUGUGUGUGUGUGUGUGUGUGAGAGAGUUAUGGGAUCCUGACCCAUGGAUCCUCAGGACGACUCCUUCGACUUCCUCUUCAAGAUCAUCCUGAUCGGGGACUCAAACGUGGGCAAGACCUGCCUGGUGCAGAGCUUCAGUACGGGCCGCUUCAGCGAGCGCCAGCAGAACACCAUCGGCGUGGACUUCACCGUGCGCACGCUCCGCAUCGAGGGCCGCAGAGUGAAGAUACAAGUGUGGGACACGGCGGGACAGGAACGCUUCCGCAAUAUCACGCAGAGCUACUACCGCAGCGCACAUGGAGCCAUGAUCGCCUACGACAUCAGCCGCCGGGACACCUUUGCCUCGCUGCCGCGCUGGAUCCAAGAGCUAAAGCAGUUCGGGGCUGCUAACGUGCUUACCGCGCUAAUCGGUAACAAGCGAGACCUGGAGGCGGAGCGCGAGGUGCAGUUCGAGGAGGCGUGUAGGCUAGCGGAGGAGAAGGGCCUGCUAGCGGCGGUGGAGACGUCGGCGAGAGACGCCUGGAGCGUGGAGGAGGCCUUCGUCAUCAUGGCUCGCCGGCUGCUGAUGCAGAACGACACCAGCGUCACAGACGACCACACACACGCCGUAAUGCUGCGGAGUAACUCACACACCGUCAGCCUGACCUCAGCAUCAGCCGACGAGAAGAAGCCCUGCCAGUGCUGAUACACACACGACUGCUUCACUGAACACGAGGCUUGGAGAUCACGUGACCCGUGAACUGCUCAUGUGUGUGUUCUGUUACAGUGAUUUCACCACACACACAUAUAUAUUAAAAGCACACUGAGCCAAAGCUGACACUUGUUUCCCCCUCACACAUCAUCAGCUGUGUGUACUGUGUGUUAAACUCUUGUGACCCACGCCAGACUCCCAGAAAGCAGAUCUCGCCCCCCUCCUGCAUCUCGAUCUCAGAGUAGGGUGACCACCUGCUAAUAAGCCCAAGGGGGGACAAGGGGUAUGUUUCUGAGGGACAAUGUGGGAC